AAAAGGAGGGGGGGAGGGCGGCCAGUGGGUAAGUUCUCCUCCACACAAAAAUCAAAAGAACGCUCUCAUCAGCCUCCGCCUCCCAUCGGUCGUCUCCCAACCGGCGCAGAGAGCGGGCCCGGCCUCCUUUCGCAGCCACCCAAUCGAAUCGCUGUCCGAGGUAAAAGAGAAGGCGACGAUGGUUGAUCAAGUUCAACACCCAACUGUGAUGCACAAGGUGGCUGGCCAGCUCCUUGUCCGCUCUAGCUUUUCUCAAGACAUGCGCAGCUGCGAUGGGGCUCUCCAGCGGCCCGCUCUCUACCAGAGACGUGCAUAUGGCAACUACACCAAUGCCGCAUUCCAGUAUCCUGGAUUGCCUACUUGCCGAGCUUCCACCGAUUUAUCUAUGGUUGCUUCUUCAAAUGCAUCUCCAAUGUUCGUUCAUGCCCCAGCAGAGAAAGGGAUUGCUAGCUUUGCUAUUGAUUUCUUAAUGGGAGGAGUCUCAGCUGCUGUGUCCAAGACAGCUGCUGCCCCGAUUGAGCGUGUGAAGCUUCUCAUUCAGAAUCAGGAUGAAAUGAUUAAGGCUGGUAGGCUGUCUGAACCUUACAAGGGUAUUGGUGAUUGUUUUAAGAGGACAAUGCAGGAUGAGGGGAUUGUGUCAUUGUGGAGAGGGAACACUGCCAAUGUCAUCCGUUACUUCCCCACUCAGGCCCUGAACUUUGCAUUCAAGGAUUACUUCAAGAGGCUCUUUAACUUCAAGAAGGACAGGGAUGGCUACUGGAAAUGGUUCGCCGGUAACUUGGCAUCAGGAGGUGCGGCUGGUGCUUCAUCCCUUCUCUUCGUGUAUUCUCUGGAUUAUGCCCGUACACGUCUUGCCAAUGAUGCGAAGGCUGCAAAGAAGGGCGGAGGGAGGCAGUUCAAUGGAUUGGUUGACGUCUACAGGAAGACACUCAAGUCUGAUGGAAUUGCGGGGCUAUACCGUGGUUUCAAUAUUUCCUGUGUUGGAAUCAUUGUGUACCGUGGUCUCUACUUUGGAAUGUAUGACUCUUUGAAGCCAGUGGUCUUGACUGGAAACUUGCAGGAUAGUUUCUUUGCUAGCUUUGCCCUCGGUUGGCUCAUCACAAAUGGUGCUGGGCUCGCAUCCUAUCCCAUUGACACAGUUAGAAGAAGGAUGAUGAUGACCUCCGGUGAAGCAGUCAAGUACAAGAGCUCAAUGGAUGCAUUCUCGCAGAUCCUGAAGAAUGAGGGUGCCAAGUCUCUUUUCAAGGGUGCUGGUGCUAACAUCCUCCGCGCCGUUGCUGGUGCUGGCGUGCUUGCUGGUUAUGAUAAGUUGCAGCUGAUUGUCUUUGGCAAGAAGUAUGGAUCUGGCGGUGCCUAAAUAUCAGAUCACUGAUAAUGAUUCCUUUGUGCUCUUUAGCAGUUAGAUGGCGAUGAAAAUCAUUUGAGUUCUGAAAGUCUAUUCCGGCGGAAUUUUCUAUGAAAUAAUUCAGAUUUAGGAGUUGCUCCUGAACCAAUUGCUAUUAUGGCUGUAAUUUUGAUCUUACAGACCACAUUUUUUGCUUGGAGGUUUUUGAGGAGUUCCUCUACUGUAUGAAUUCAAAUAUAUCUAUUUAUACAAUUGGAGAAAAUUGUGUCGAUUAUUUUUAAA